CAAUCCCAACGAAACAGUGCUUUACGUGUUGGAUAGUUCCAUGUACUAAUGAUGUUAUGACGCGUGAAGAGGACAUACGACAUAGAGAAACAACUUUAAUAUCUUUUUCUCUUUAAGACGUGACAAACACGACUAAGAUUUUGCUCAGUGAGGAUGUGUUCCUUGUUGAUUCAAAACGCAUUUAAGACGCUGCAUCGUGCGCUGAGAACUUAGCAGUCUUCUAGCCUCGAAGGAAACACGCUUUAUGUGGGUUGACAAUGGAGCCAAUGAAGACUUUGCUACUGCUGACUACAGUCUGUAGUGUAGGUUCCACAAGAACGUGUUAUGAGCAGGGAACCCACAUAACAACUCCAAAGAAUAUUCCAGCUCUGGCUGGAACAUGUCUGCAUAUUCCAUGUAAAUUCACAUACAAUGGAGACCCCAAUACCAAGCUGUGGAUGUGUGGGCAGUGGACCAAAGGUGACUCGUAUCCAAGUACCAUCGUUUAUGACAACUGCUUGAGCUUCAGUGAUUAUUCACUUAUUUUAACGGGAAGGCUAGACCAGCAGAACUGCACCAUGAUGUACAACAACACGGUUACGCAACACUCAGGCGCCUAUUUCUUGCAACUGUACAACCAUGUGACCGUGGUUGGGAAGCAGUGUGAACCCGUUUAUAUCCAAGUUGAAGAACAGCCUUGGCAACCCACCAUCCAUAUCCCCGUAGUUGAGCUGAAAGUGAACAAGCCCAUCACCAUCAGCUGCUCCGCUUUCACUCCUUGCCCGGCGUCUCCGCCUGUGGUCAAGUGGCGUCACACUAGCAACAACCAGCAACAUCUGGAGCAGCUCCCAGAUGGAACCUUCAUGACUAAACUCCAGGACACGUUGGUUUUGACGGAAAAGUACAACGGCUACAUCCUGGAAUGCUCGUCUGUUUAUUACGUGCACGGACGUCAGGAACAGACCAAUAGCAGCGUGACUCUCAACGUUUUAUUUGCCCCCAAGGACACCAAAGUCUUGGUCAGUCCAUCAGGACCAGUAUUAUUCGGGACCUACGUGGUGAUGAACUGCUCCAGUCGAGCCAACCCAGCCAGCAACUUUACCUGGUGGGUUAAGGAGGAGGGCGGGACUUACACGCCCAUGGCCGAUGGAGAAUGUACGACAUGGAACGUGACCAAGCAAGAAGAGAUUUACUGUGUGGCGGCCAAUUCUGUAGGCCAGCAAGCAUCAAGAAAGAUCAGACUAGAGAUUACAGGCCAGCCUGGGGAUUACACGCGGCUGAUCGUGGGAGGAAUCGUUGUUUUUAUUGUGUUUGUCGCCUUGGUGCUCGUCUAUACUUGGUGGUCCAGGCGGUCCAGAUCGUGGUCGCUGCGUCCUGCUAAGAAAGAAGCGCCUAAAGACAUAACCAUGGUUGCAUUCAAUCAGGAUGGAGUCUACAAUAAUGGCAUCAACGUGCACAUAACCAGAGACGCCGUCCAAGCAGAAGGGAACAGCGAUAAUCAUCAUCAUCAGCAGAGCGUUCACGCGCAAGUGUACUCAGUACCCAACAUUCCUGCCAGGAUUAUAUGAAUCUGUCCAUGUUGGCAGUGCAGUACAUAGGUGGAAUGAAAUUCAUUGUAAUUCAGGCAGAAUUGUUUAUCAAAAGGGUUUGGCUUAAAAGCAUUAAAAUUCAACACAAAUACUCUCUAAUUUAAAUACUUGGAUGAGGUAAAGCAUUGCCACAAUUUGGAAUUUUGCACAAGCCUGGUACACCUAUGUAUAUGGAGUAUAUGAACACAAAUAUGUAUUUUACUAGCAUGUAUCAUAACGUAAUAAUGUCUUUUUCUAUCGUUUUCCCAGGUAACCACCAUGUUUUUCCCUUGGUAACUCAGCUUAACUCAGCUUAACGAUAAUGCGGCGUUGGGAAUUCUUGUGGAAGAUCAUAAUUUCAAUUACCCUUAUUUUCCGUGAAUAUUUAAUUGAUAAUGAAAAAUUUGACAAGUAUAUGACCCACAGCUCAUGACCACUUCUAAACUAGACACGAGAUACUGGAACCCCACCUGGGGCAGGACCUCAUUCCCAACCCGGAGGGAACACUCCACCCUUUCCGACUGAGAACCAUGGCCUCUGAUUUGGAGGUGCUGAGUCUCAUCCCAGAAGCUUCCCACUCUGAUGCAAACCGUCCCAGUAAACACUCAAGGUCACUGCCCGAGGAGGCCAUCAGGACCACAUCGUCCGCGAAUAGCAGAGAUGAGAUCCUAAGGCCCCCGAACUGGACUCCCUCGACCAUUCAUUCAUUCAUUUUCUACCACUUUUCCUCACGAGGGUCGCGGGGGUCCCAGCUGUCUUCGGGCGUGAGGCGGGGUACACCCUGGACUGGUGGCCAGCCAAUCACAGGGCACAUAUAGACAAACAACCAUUCACACUCACAUUCAUACCUAUGGACAAUUUGGAGUCGACAAUUAACCUAGCAUGUUUAUGCACGGGGAGAACAUGCAAACUCCACACAGAGAUGGCCGAGGGUGGAAUUGAACCCUGGUCUCCUAGCUGUGAGGUCUGCGCGCUAACCACUAGACCGCCGUGCCGCCCCUCCCUCGACCAAUUUAUUGCAAAUAAGCUUUUAAGUGAUUAUACUGUAGUCUGGAUAGUCUAUACCAGGGGUCUCAAACUCGUGGCCCGCGGGCUAGUUUGAGGCCCCCGCCUUGGUAUGAAAGUUUAACGUUGUAAUAUGGAUGCUGUACGGUAUCAUGAACCCAGAAAUGACAGCUUUGUGCAUAGUGGACACAAUUGACGCCAUUUUGCAUGUUACGUCGCCGCUCCCAGAUGUAACGAUGCUAACUUGCUAAUUGGGUAAAAUGGUUAAGUUUCAUUAAUGUUCACGUUAAAGGUUAAAUAACUGUUAAUACUGUUCAUUUCAAUGUGAAAAAAAUAAUUUCUCUACCGACCAACUAUAUGUGGUUUCUUAAGUUUUUAUUUUCUGUUUUCUUAUUUUUAUUUAUUACUGAUUGAUUUAUUUUAUUUAUUUUGAUGUAUUUAUUUUUUCAUCUGUUUGCUUAUUUUUGUUUAUUACUGAUUGAUUUAUUUUAUUUAUUUUGAUGUAUUUAUUUUUUCAUAUUAUUUAAAAUAAAAAUUAAGAUAUUUAAGAACAGUGGAAUGUUUUAUCAGAGCUUUUCUUGUGGAAAACCGGAACCAAAGCACUGAAAAAGUGUAGGGUAGAGCAUAAGCAAAAGCAUUGAAGACAUUUUUUUUAAUAGACUUUUUCAGUUUUUAAUGUUUUUUUUUUUUUUUUAAACCUGAUGCGGCCCAACCUCACCCAGACCCUAGCUCCAGUGGCCCCAAGGUAAAUUGAGUCUGAGACCCCUGUUCUAGACCACCGCUAAAUAAAAACUGAACCCCCACCCCCCCUCAAAUAGAAAUAUGUUCAAAAAGGAUUUAGUAAUGAGUAGGUGCAGCAUUCUUAUUAUUAACCUCAAAAAUAGGUUUGGACAUGCUUGAGGCCAGUGGGAUGUUGCUCCAGGUGGAAGAUGG